AUGUCAGGGAAUUCUUCUCUGUCAUAUCGUAGACAAGCUUCAUCUUCCUUUGUUCCGGCUCAUUUGCAGCCAAAUUCAGCUUUGGCGGCGAAAAUCCAGGAAAAAAAGCAAGAAUAUGAAAAUUUGUCACAAUUAAGGGAUUUUUCAGGAAAACUUGUUACCCAAAUGGAGCAGUUGGAGAAAAAAAUGGAAAUAUUAGUGGGCGGUACAGAAGUUGUGGCUUCUGUUCUUGAAAAUUGGCAAAAUGUGUUUCGAACUAUCAAUAUUUCAUCGGAGAGGUUACAGAAAAAAACGGUAUCUAAUAAAAACGAAGGUUUAGAUCUUCCAGAAACUUUAGUAAGAAUUCCUACGUCAUGAUCUUUUUUCGAAACUAGUAAGCCAGAUGUUAUAGGAAUUGGAUAAAAAUGU